GAUGCUAUAUAAAUGGCAUUACCCAGACAGCGUUGCAUUUCGAAUGGACUGUGAUAUGGACAAACUAAAAAUGCUGAUCAUCUUUGUGCUUUUAGUUAGCAAUUUAGGAACUAUAAAAGCUCAAGACGAAAUAACACCUGCUACAGAUUUAGCAACUCCUUCUAGCGACUCGGCAGGAACAAAGAAUGAAACCUUGGAAACUGAAACCACUUUAGGUACAGAGUCAAACUCUACCACAACCGAAUCAUCGGGAAUAAAAAAUGAAACCUUGGAAACUGGGAAAGCAAAUGUUACCAAUUCAAAUGAUUCUUCAUCGACUCCAGCUAUGGAAGUGUCCGAUGAGGUGGCAGAACCAAAUCCGAGGGAAUUUCUCGUAAAGGAAGAAUCGGAAGAAGUUAAUUCAACUGAAAUUUCAACAACUACGGAUUUUAUGGAUUUGAUGACUUAUAUGCAGUAUGAUAAUGCUGGUGAUCCCUAUGCACGACCAGGAAAACAUUUGCCCGGAUCCAGACAUAUUAGAGCUCACGAUGGUUUCCAUAAUCUAAAGAGAGAGAAAUAUUGGGCACACUGGAAUGAUGCAUUUACCACAACAAAACAACCAAACUGAAUAACAUAACAGGGAUACCCUGUUUAAGUGUGAUAAUUUGCAUUAAAAAUGUUUGUAAUUAAAUUGAACUGUAGCUUGACCAAAAAGCUGUAUUUAGUCAUAGA